AUGGACGUUCAGUGGGGAUCUAGUUUUCAGUCCAACAACACUGCUAAUAAUGUAGAAACCGCGAAAAGCAUAAAAUUACUUUUUGCAAAAAUUGUUACAAUGGAGAAACAAUUAUCGGAAAAUUCAAAACAAUUUUCUAUCGAUAUUAAAAAUCUUGAUGAAACUGCUUCGCUCUUUCAGAAUGAAAAUUAUUGGCAAAUUAAGAUUAACUCUCAUUUAAGAUUGGCAAAAAAAUAUUAUGAAUAUAUUCAUCUUAGUUAUUCUUCGGCCAUAAAGCAUGACAUUGAAACGAAAUGUUGGAAAAUUGCUUUUUAUUCGUUAAUUGAACAAUUUCGUCAAGCAAUUUCUUUGGAACAUGAAGCUGAAAGGUUUUAUAAAAAAUUGUUAAAGUUGAUUUCUGAAGAUUCGAAACUUAGUAAAAAAAAUUCGGAGAGUAAUAAACCACCAAGAUGGAUACGUUGCAUAGGUUAUUUAGGUGACAUUGCUAGAUAUCGUUGGACUUAUUGCUUGGAAGAUCAAGAAAAAAAUAAACAAUUCUGGGCUGAAAAUGCGUCUCGAUGGUAUCUUUUGGGAAUUCUGCUCAAGUCUAAUAAUGGAAAACUUUAUAAUAAUUUGGCUGUUCUUGCGGGUCAGGAUGAAUUUAAAAUGCUGUAUUAUUAUUGUAGAAGCCUCAUGGUUAAUACUCCUUACAUGGCCGCUCGCGAACCACUUAUUUGGUUAUUCGAAACAAAUCGUAAACGCUUCGCAACUCUCGCAACGAACAAUAAUAAACAAAAGCAAAAAGGUCGUGCUUAUUCUCAACGUGAAAAUUUACAAUCUUCGAAUAAGCGAUGUGAUAAUUUGAAUAAUAAUUCAAUUGAGAGUUUAUAUGUAAGAUUACAUGGAAUGCUUUUCACCAAAGUUGGUCUUGAAUUCUUUGAACAAACUUUAAAUGUUUUUAUGGAUAAAUUAUUCAAAUUAAAAAGCAAUCAAAUUUCUGAUAAUACAAGUGGGACUCAUUGGUUAGAAUUUUGUUUACAAAUGGUGGUCAUUAAUAUAUCAAGUUUAUACAAUUAUGGUAAUACCGAGAAUUCGUCUCUCAAGUCAACCACGGUAACUGAUGGGGAUUUAAAGCAGACUUUAGAUUUAGAUCCAACUUUUGCCGAAGAAUCUAGGCUCACUUUUGGUAUCAUGUACCAAUUCAUGUCUAAAUAUCUUGAUUCUAUGUCAUUUCAAGGAGAAUUCGAUGUUUCUGAAGGAUUUCUUUUAUAUUGUGAGAUAGUAUUACUUUGGAUGGUAGCUAAUGAUGCUUUUAAUAACUCGGCUGAUAAAUCUAACAACUGUAUUUGGGGAAAAUUUUUGGACAAAUCUAUUUGUCCUAAAUUCUGGGAAACUUUGGCUCGAUUUCUUACAAAAAUUGCUCAUCAAGUAUCUCCAUUUACAAUAAAAGAAAUUAUAGAAUUUUCUUCCAAUGUUGAAGAUUCAAAUCAUGUAGAACGUAUUCGUCCUCCACCAUUAAUUGAGGAUUGGAAAUUACGUGGUAUUUCUUGGCUUCAAUCACUUUAUGAACCAUAUUUGUUUGAAAAUGUAUCUAAGCCAUAUAUAAAAUUUGUUGAUGAUGAUAUUGAGAUUAUUACAAAUAAUUCUUAUGAUAAUUUGGAUUUUAAUUCUGAUCAAGACGCUAAAACUCGUCGUAGAGCAAGGAUUAUGGAAUUGGGUUAUCUAUUAACCAAGAAAAUCAUUGGUUUGGAUUUUGAUAUUGAAGAUGCCACCUUUACGUCUUCUUUAGAGUUAGUUAAUGAAAUUUCUGACAAGGAAAAUGAACGUCCUUCAACGUCAAAAUUAUUAACUGAAGAAGAUGAAACUAGUCCUGUUGUAACGAAAUGUGUAGAUAACGAAUACACUAGUGAACACAUUGAAUCAGAGGAUGAAGGAAUUAUGGAGUUAAAAUCUCGCAGGCAAGAAUUAGAAAAUCUUUUAGGUACAACUCGUGAGAGUUUUCGAGGUCCUUCAGUACAAAAAUUUUCGUCAAAGAAUUCCAGGAAAUAUACUCCUCAUGCAAUGAAAAAAGUGUCAGCUUUGCCUUCUAGAAUUGGUAUUGGAUAUACUACUAUUGUAAUCGAUACAAAUUGUCUUGUUGGAGAUCUCAAUAUGGUCAAAAAAAUUAUCCAAAGUAAUAAUUGGGUGGUGGUCAUACCUUUAGUUGUUAUCACAGAAUUGGAUGGAUUAAAACUCAAUCCACCCCCUCUUGGUACUGCAGCAUCCGAUGCGAUUAAUUAUCUUGAACAAGCUUUAUCAUCGUCUAAUAGGAUGAAAAAACUCAAAGUUCAGACAAGUAAAGGCAAUUACGUAUCUGGAAUUAACUUUAGUGAAGAAUUUGAUUUUGGUGAUGGUGAGGAUAAAAAGAAAAAUUUGGAUGACCUUAUUCUUGGCAUCUGUCUAUGGCAUGCUAAAAAUCACGGAGAAAACAGUUUUAAUAACAAAUCGGAAAAGGAAAGCAAUAACAAUGAGGUCGUUGUAUUGCUUACAAAUGAUCGAAACCUUCGAGUUAAAGCGCGUGCAAGAGGCAUUGAUGUUGUGAGCUUUCAAGAUUUUAAUGAAUUAAUAUGA